AGAAGGCAUUUGGAAGCGACAUGCUGCAGCAAACUUCUAGUGGAGCUCAAGCUUUUUUACAUUCAUCAAAAAUAUCUGGUCGAUGGUUCAACUGUAUCGAGUGAUAGAGAUAGUACACAGUAGAAAUCUUGUUCUUUCAGAACGAUCAUUGUAGUUGUGACACUGAUAAAAAAGAGCUAAUAAAGCCAUGUCGACCGCCCAGCGUAUCGAAGAAGCAGCUUUAGAAGGGGGCCCCAUUCGGGAAAUGCCCUGCUCUGCCAAGCCGGACGGACCAGAGGGUCGCAAGAGCAGCAGGACAAUCGAGCCGGGUAGUUUUUUGCGGCAAUUGCCAAUCGGUGAGCGCGGCGGUGUCCUAAUCACACCAGAAAAUUUUCAUCAGAUCCGCGGUUUGCAGACGUUUGACGAAUUGUGGCACGCAGCGAACUCCGAGCUUCCAAACUUUAAAACGACAAAGUUCAUGAAAAAUUUUCCUUAUUGUGGCGCUGAUGAAGAAGACGAUAUUGACCAAAGCUACAGAAAGCAACGGGGAGCAGGUGACCAACCUUCGAAAAAGAAAGGUGCGAGAGAUGAACGCAACAAGGCUCAUCGCAAGAAUUCUAGAGAUGCAGCAACGUCUUCCAGCAGAAGAAAUCCAUCGGAUCUGAUGACACCUUCGGACGAGAAACGUGGUGAUCAACAAAGCGGAAGCUCGGAAGUGGAAAAGAAAGAAGAAGCCAAGCUUUACCGCUUGCAUCGCGAUCAGGUCGUGAUCGACUGCCAGUUCGACAAAUUCGACGCGGCUGUUCGAGAAUACGAACAGAGUGAGACUUUUUCGAAGAGCAGGCGGCAAGAAGCCCAGGCCGAGUUGGACAAGUUCCUGGACGUCGCGCCGCAGAUUUGUACAAGGUACUCGUACUGUAGUAAAAGUGCUUUCCAGCGGCUGAAGAGAGCAAGAAAAGAUAGGUCGGGCUGCGCGUACGCCUACGAGAUUGAUCGCAUCAAGAAGUUGUGGAAGCGGAUCGGCGGGAAAUUCUCCCACCGCCUGGAGAAGGCAGAGGGGCUUAUGCGGGAGCACUUGAAACGGGCCCAGCCGCAGUUAUCAAUUGAAGUGCGGACAGUGGGAGGAGACCUGUUUUUCCAAAUGUCCAAGACGUCGCCUAGCGUUAUCAAACGCUUGCUUCAGAAACAGAAUAAAAAUGUCACCGAGCUACGUAGGGCACGGCACCAAUCGGAAACGUUUUCAGACGAGGACUCACCACUGCACAAAACCGAAUCGGAAUACGGUGCCAUCGAUACGAAACGACUUCUCGGAGCGCAUCCUCUUGAUCCAGCCGAACAUGAGAUGACGUUGCAUCUGGAACUUCAGCACUUCGCUGCUUUGCACCUCGAGUGGAUGCUCACGACUGCGUUUGAGCGGCUGCUUCUUGGGCGAGGCGAUAAGAAUUGUCAUCGCAGAAAGAAGUUCAGUCAAGUCAUCCCCUUGUCGGAGUUCGCGCCGCGCGCAAAAGACAGCGUCGGAGGAUGGGGGCAUACUCCACCAGAGGCGGCUUUGGAUCCAUAUUGGGACACUCAGCAGAGACGCGUCAUGAAUACGGUGAGAGCUUUUCUAGAUGAAAAAGCUUUCAAGAACAACCACUACCACGCGCACAAAGAUCUGCUCAAACGUGGCGGUGGCUUCGUUGUCGCAAGUCUACUCACGGCUGGCUUGUUGAAUAUGUGGCUGCUGCGGGAUAGUUUGAUACAGAAGCUUUGGGAAGUGGUGUACGUGUCGGAGAUGGAUGACGCAGUAGGCUACCACUCGCCGACCAACGAGAGCUCAGGAAAAACUGUUAGCCAGUUGAGCUCCGCUGGAGCGGAGAAGGAGACGUUAACCAAGUCCGAAGAUCAAGAAGUGAACUUGUUGAUGAGAAUGGAGGGUCUAACGAGGGAAGCAGCUAGGGAAGUAGUACUGGGUAUUAGGAAGAAGCGGCAAGAGAUGGAAAAGUUUGACGAUGUUAGACAGCUGAAAACCGGAGAUAUUUUCAAACUCGGAUAUGGAAAAAAUGUCGAUGGAUGGAGAUGCGUCCCAAUGGGUUCAAGUGCGCGAGCUCUCUUAGUAAAUGUCGUGCGAGAGUCCUACUCUCCCGGAAAUCUGCUACCACAGAACGGCGUGCCGAAAUCGAACAGCGGGUCGAGUGUGUCUCGUAUGACGGACGUAGCGAAACAAGAAGAAGAAGACGCUGUAAUGCGAUGCUAUGCGUGUCUUGAUGUGCGCCAGUCGGAGGACAUCAACGAGGAAGACGGCAACCGACGAAGUUGUGAGCGCGCGAUUGUCGGCUACGUGCUUUUGCCCACAGCGGCAGUCGAUAAGUCCGAUGAAGGCCACUGCACCUUGGCCAGACGAAUACAACAGGCGAAGAACAAGGAGGUCGAGGCGGUGUCCUUCCCGGAGCAUUGCUAUGCAAUGUUCAUCGAGCCGGAGGAUUGGCAGCGAUCCGGAAUCGAGUUGUUAAGCCUGCGCGAGAGGAAUGUUGAAAAACUUAAAAAAUCAUCCGUACGUGGCAAUCACGACCGUAAAGAGGAGAAGCGAAUGAAGAUUUCUGCUGCCGCUGAGUACUGAUUUGUGAUACUUUUUUUUGCGCUUUGCUUUCGGUUCUGUAUAGUAUCUCUGGAAUGGUGUUAGUCUUUGUGAUAACUCAAAAUCACAAUGCACUUCCGCUUCCGUUACGGAUUUCUUUUAGGAUAUGCUGCGUAUGAAAUAACAGGUUUGCCGACCUAUUGGAGCAACGCAAGGCCUUAGCUGUGCAGCGAGUGAACUGGAUCAGAUGUACUUUCCCUGAACUAACUUCGACGGAUAUUCCUUGGGACCUACUGCGGUCCUUGUCACGGGGUUGCGAGAUCGAUACUACGCCUUUGGUCUACAAAAACCUUUGGCGGUUUCUCUGCUCCUCGUUUGCCGAUGGCGCGGAACCGGAGGCGGUAGUUGAGACAUCAGCCGGGGCCACGCCGUGCGCCAGUACGGAAGGCGGCAGUGGCGAGGGUGAUCGAGAGGUGAAGUGCGGACAAACAGGAACAGUGACCAGCAUCAAGAACCCGUGGAUCCCCAUUCUGAAAGAUAAGAAAAACGAACAAGAACUGGCUGACAACAACGGUUCCGUGAAGGACCUUUCUCACAUCGAAGCCAAUGUGUUCCCGUGGACGAAAGACCCUCAGAACCGCGUGGUUCGGUCUUGCUCGCCGUACUGGAAUUUCAUUCCUGCGGAGCUGGUUGCGGGAUUGGAUCCGGAUUUGCGAACUUUCACGGACUUCUACGAUUACGCUGCGCAGGUACAGAAACAAAAAACAGUAAAUUCCGCGGCUGCAACAUCAGAAUUUGGUGAAGUGGUUGACUUUGAUGAGGAGAAACAGCAACUCACUGACGAAGAAUCGAACACACCGCAGCCGAUCGAGCGUGAAUCUCUUCAGCCAGAAGAUGUAGCCUCGCAGCUCCAGUUCACUAUCGUUAUUUCGGAGAAUGUUGUGGAAAAGGAAAAGGUAAAGGUUGAAAGCAACUCCGUCUCGAAGCGACCAGUCAUGGGAAACGACAGCGAUGUUUCUUCAUCGUCCUCUUUUGCAUUCACGAAUGAAGGGCAAGGGGACAACAUUUCAACAUUAGGCUGGGACGCCGACGAUCGACAUUAUGAUGAUGAUGAUCGUUAUGAUGAUUAUCGCAACGGCUACUCGUCCGGGUAUUCGUAUUAAGACUCAGACUAUUGAACGAUUCGGCACCAGUGUCCGAAGACGGUGACGACAACGUGAUGGAAAAGGUCGGUUCUCCAGAUAAGUAUCAAAUGUACUACGCAGCGAUAGCAUAAUAUUGUGACCAAUGUACGUACCGUAAUGUUUAAGCUGAACUUUGUUUGACAAAGAGCGGCAAAUUUUUACCAGUUUGUGGUACUCAUUCCUAUCCACCGUAAGUGAACCUCGCGGUCGCGCGACUCAUUCCAGAGGAGAACAGGCAAGCUCAGAAGGAGGAGAGCGGGAACUUCUUGCUUCGCAACAAGGGCGGGAAGCAACGAGAAGCAAGUUAUUCGAUACAACUCGUCGUUAGAAUUUUAUUGCAGUCUUUGACAAAGACAUGAGCUUUGUCUGAGCGGAAGAAC